AUGCUCCCCGAAGAACGCGACCUCCCCGACGGCGCCGCCAAUGACGAUGACGACACACCGCAUGAAGAGCCCCAGCUCACGGCCGACGAGGCCGCCAUGCGCGCAUUCCUGCCCGCGUCCUUUGGGAAACAGACCGUGAAGCCCAACGUCGAGGCGCAAUUCGCACAGACGCGCCGGCGCCCGCUCGACGCGCCUGACUCGCCGCCGCGGAAGGGGAAGGGGAAGCAGGUUUUUGUUGCGCAGCGCCGCGUGGAUGAUGAGGAUGAUGAGGCGGAGGUUGAGCGGCGGAAUGCUGCUGGAGGAGGAGGAGGAGGAGGAGGAGGAGGUGCUGGUGGUAGUGGUGCUAUGGCGAUGGAUGAAGACGGUGAUGAUAGUGACAGCGACGACGACGACGACGAAGACGAGUAUCCAAUCUCGCACGAGAUUGCGCUCAAAGACCACACCAAGCCCGUCUCCACCAUCAGCCUCGACCCCAGCGGGACCCGCAUCGCCACCGGCAGCCACGACUACCUCGUCAAGCUCUGGGACUUUCCCUCCAUGAGCCGCGACCACCUGCACGCCUUCCGGUCACUCGAGCCCUCCGAGUCGCACCACAUACACAGCGCGCUCUUCUCGCACGCCGACUCCGGGCAGAGCCUCCUCGUCGUGCCGGCCGCCCCACAGGCCAAGAUCCUCUCGCGCGACGGCGACACGCUCGUCGAGUUUGUAAAGGGCGACAUGUAUCUGCGCGACAUGCACAACACCAAGGGCCACGUGUCGGAGCUGACGGCGGGCGCGUGGCACCCGACGGAUCGGGGGGUGGUGGUGACGGCGGGGACGGACUCGACGGUGCGCAUCUGGGACGUGGAGAAGAAGAGGCAGCAUAGGGAUAUCAUGAAUUUGAUUGCGACGGUGGCGCUGGAUGGCGUGUUGGCGCUGUAUGCGGGUGAUGGGCCGUAUAGUCGGCCGGCGAUGGAGGUGCGGGAUGCGCACAAGAGGGAGACAUGGACGGGUGGGAUUGCGUUCUCGCAUGAUGGGCGCAUGCUGGUGACGCGGGGGCAGGAUGGGGAUAUAAAACUCUGGGACACCCGCAAGCUCAAAACCCCCAUCACAACCCGCACCGACUUCGCCACCCCCCUGCACCCCGAAGCCAACAUCGUCUUCUCCCCCAACAGCACCACCCUCAUCACCGGCGACACCUCCGGCACCCUGCACAUCCUCUCCGCCGCCACCCUGCGCACCGAACACGCCCUCCCCGUCACGCCCGGGUCCCCACUCAUCGCCACCACCUGGCACCCACGCAUAAACCACAUCCUCACGGGCUCCGCCAACGGCGAGCUCCACGCCCUCUACUCCCCCACCCUCUCCACCAAGGGCGCGCUCCUCGUCGUCGCAAAAGCGCCGCGAAAGCGCCACAUCGACGACACGACCGAGACGGCGGCCGUGUCCGCCGACGCCGUGAUCCUACCGAACGCCAUCCUUGGCACGGGCGGCGCGGGGCGGAGGGUCGUCGCGGGCGGGGGGGGCGACCCGCGGAGGCCGAAUAUGCCGGCGGUCACGCCGUGGGGGAAGAGUCAGCCGGACCAGGGACAUAUUGAGAGUAGUAUUCCGCUAGCGAGUAUGAGGGAUGAGGAUCCGCGGGCGGCGCUGCUGAAGUAUGCGGAGGUGGCGGAGAGGGAGCCGAUGUUUACGGCGGCGUGGAGGGAGACGCAGCCGGUGACGGUGUAUGCGGAGGUUGAGGAUGAGGAGGAGGAGGAGGUGGUGGGGAAGGGGGUGGGGGAGAGGGGGAAGAGGAGGAGGAGGGGUAGUGGGUGUGGGUGGUUGGGGGGGGGGAGGGGGAAGGGGAGGCUAAAAGUUAAAUUGUGA